AGAACAAAAUGAUUGGAAUGAUGAAUAGUGGUGCUGAAUCUUCUGUUGAAUUCUAUGCUGCUGCAAGGCAGAGUAGUUUAUACGAACCAAGGAAGAAGAGCAGCCAAUCGAGAACUUACACCCCUGAAGGACGCGUUCUUGUGAAUGGAGCUCCGUUGUCACCAACACUCGAUCCCCAAGAUCUUUGGAAGAAUAUGAUAAUCAAGACAGCUGCUCAAAAAAUGAUACGUGAGAACUGUGAGAAAAAGGAAACAGGACCAAUGGCAACGAUUAGAAGAUUGUCCGAGAAGUUAAAAUUGAAGAAAUCAAAAUCAUCAGCUGCAAUGAUGAAUUUGGAUUUGGAUCUUGAUCAGAAGAUUCCAGAAGUUUCUGAAAUAGAAUCAAGUUCAACUACCGCCGUUCCACAAUCACCACAACAAUUUGUAACAAACAUAAGAAUUGAAGAAGCGAAUCCAGUAUUUUUUGUUCAACAAUCAGAAUCACUCGACCGUCCACAUAUGUUAUUUGAAGAGACAAGUGUCCUCGCGCGUCUGCUCGAGGAAUCUUCUCAAAUUGAUAAAAUGGAGAAGGAUUUUGCUGAAAAAGACAGUGGAAAAGGAAGUAUCGAUGACGAUUCGGUUGUAGUACACAAGUUGUAAAAUGUGUAGUUUAUGCUCAUAAUCCUCUUCGACCAGUUCAAUGAAUUAAAGUGAACAGAACUAUGUUGUUGAACCAUAUUGAGUUCAUUUCACUAAUUUUUCCUUAUCUAAUAUUACUCAAGAUCUCUCAAUAAAGUAUCAAUGUU